AUUGAAAAUGCGUUUCACUUGCGUAUGUUAUGCGGUGAAAAGCUAGGUUAUGUUCCAGAAGUUUCAUCAGUUUUACUCGACUACUUUGAUAACUUAUUAUUUGCACGGGAAUCUGCCAGCUUAGCAGUGAUAAGAAAUGGCAGCAUAUGGGUCAAGCAAUCUUGAAUUGAAAAAAAUCCACUGAUGAAUUCAGCUGCUAGUUGUGAACGUUCAAUGGCAGCUGCCUUGCGGCUGUUACGUAACUUGUAGCGUGUAAUGCUUCGGACAUAUGAUGCAAUUUCGUAUAUCAUGUUCUGCUGAUUCCCGAUGACGAUUAACUUUAACCAAUGCUUUCAUGAGUGGGGUCUAAUCUAGAAUUACCGUCUGUCUUUCUCGGUUUGACCCCGGAACAGUAGCUCUGUCCAAAAUGUCCGUCUCUGAUAAGCAGAAAACGAUUGAAAUCUUGCGGGAUACAGAAAGGAUUGGUGAUAAAGUUCUAAUGCACAAACAAGAACUGAUUGCCCUUGAUAAACGGCGCCAGGAAACACGAGAAGCUACUCGUACCAUAAGGAACAACUUCCCUAAAGAGGAUGCCAAAGUUUGGAUCACAGUUGGUUCCUUGCUAAUUAAGAUGAAACGAACAAAAGCACUGGAGCUGCUGGAGAAAGAUGCUGUACAGAUCGAAAAAGAAAUUAUUCGGAUUCGUGCAGAACAAAAGGUUCUGGUCAGCAAGCAACGCGAUCUAGAGCACGAUACUCCACUGAGGGGGUUCGAUCUAAAACCGUUAAGCGAUGCGGAGAUCUCUGCCUUAAGGGCUAAUAUUUAAUUUCAAAACAACUCAAUCCAACUUAAAUUUUUAAGUUAAUGUUAAGAUUUAUUUUACGCUAAAUUUGUCUGAUUUGUAACAUCCGAAAU